AUUUGGGGAAAUGUGCUCUCAAUACUUUCUCUUCUUCGUUUUAUUUGGUUUGUCCUUUGCAAACAGGAAAGAAUCGGAGGCUGAAGCAGGCAAAAGAAGAAGCCCAGGCAGAGAUCGAGCAGUACCGCCUGCAGAGGGAGAAGGAGUUUAAAGCCAAGGAAGCAGCGGCACUUGGAUCUCAUGGCAGCUGCACCACUGAGGUUGAGAAAGAGACCCAGGGGAAGAUGAGCGUAAUCCAGCAGAACUUCCAGAAGAACCGCGAGGUGGUCCUCUCCCAGCUGUUGUCACUAGUGUGUGACAUCAAACCUGAAAUCCAUGUGAAUUACCGCAUCAAUGGCUAGUAGGGGAAGAAGGAGUUAGCAUACUGGAAAUGCUGGUAGUAACGUCUGAGCUUCAGGUGGAAUGUACAGCUCUUAGCCAUAGCUUAACUGUUCUUCUUGUAAAUGUGUUAAUUAUUUCACUUGAGUUGUAGGUCAUCAAUACCUGGUUGGAGUCCUGUUAGUUUCUCUCUUGACACGGAUUCAGAGCUUAUUCAAAACUUAAAUGGCCAUGUCUCAAAUCUGUGCUAAGUUAUUAAAUAUAUAUUCAAGUUGGCACAUUAAUGCUUCCUUUUUAUCUGGAUAGUAUUCAGUGAGAGGCUUUCCUCUGCGAAGUAGAAAGGGGAGAGGGGUGCUGGCC